CGGCGCACUCACGGUAGGUUGAACCGGCUGAGGUCCAUAGCAAUUUGACAGCUUCACAGGUGAGACAACCGUCCAGAGGCUGUUUCACUUUACAUUCCAGUUUUUCCCCUGAGCACUGUUCACUGUGAGCCUGGGGUUGUCACACUCAAAAAACAACCAUUCGAAGUCAAACCAUUCCGGCAGCAUGAGCAAAAAGAAAAAGGACUGGAAGACUGAAAAAGAGAGACUGCUCCGUCUAGAUCGAGAGGAGAGACGCAAGGAGUAUCGUCGUCAAGAUUUUAUAUCUUUGGACAAGAUCCCAGCCUGGAGGGAGGAAACUAGACCCAAUGACAAAGAGGAGGUGAAGGAGCUGACAGAUGGAGGAGGCCCAAGAAAUAAAGUAUCUCUCUACAAAGGAGAUAUUACCGUCUUGGAGGUGGAUGCCAUAGUCAAUGCUGCAAAUUCCAGUCUUCUGGGAGGAGGGGGAGUGGAUGGCUGCAUACACAAAGCGGCGGGGUCCUGUCUGUAUGAUGAGUGCAACUCACUAAAUGGCUGUGAAACCAGCAAAGCCAAGAUCACCUGCGGCUACGAUCUCCCUGCAAAAUAUGUGAUCCACACCGUGGGCCCGGUGGCCAGAGGUCAUGUGGGCCCUACCGAGUCCAACGACCUCACCUCCUGCUACCAGAACUCCCUCAGGCUGAUGAAGGAGAAUGACUUGAGCACUGUGGCCUUCCCAUGUAUAUCCACAGGCAUCUAUGGUUUUCCGAAUGAGCCUGCAGCUGACAUCGCUCUCAAAACAGUAAAGAGCUGGAUCGACGAGAAUCCUGAUAUGAUCACAAGGGUCAUUUUCUGUGUCUUCCUCGAGACCGACUUUGCCAUCUACAAGAAGAAGAUGUCUGUCAUUUUCCCAGACAAUGACAUGGAGGUUACAGAGGAGCAGCUGAAGGAAGGUAAAGAAGAAAUAGAUGAUGAAGAAGAGGGUGACAAUGAUGCUGCGGGAAAUGAAGACGUGGAAAUGGAGAGUCAAAACCCAGAUGGAAAUUCAGGAAACCAGGAGCCAAAUCAAGAAAAGGAUAAGGAUGAAAAGGAAACCCAGGAGAAAGAUGAAGACGUAGGAAUAGAUAACGACGAAGAGAAAGAUGAAGACAAAGGCAUUGAAAACAAUAAAGAGGAAGAUAAAGGCAAAGCAGAGGAAGAGCAGCCUGCUGCAAAGGCAGAAGAUGACGACACAGCAAAGCCCACUGUGGAGAUGGAAGAUGAAUCUGAGACGAACAGCACUGAAACCAGCAAUGGAGAGGAGAUGAAAGAUCCUGUGGAGAGCUCAGAAGAACCUGAUUCCAUUCUUACUGACAGCAUUCAGUCCAAAGACACUGUUGAGAAGAAAGAAUAAGCAGCCGAAGGAAGGACAAUCGACCUCAUCUGACAGCCAGCAAAACUGUGCGAAGGCCCCCCCCCCCCGGCGUCAGGAGGCUCAUGUCAGCAUGGCCCCGGACAACCAGUCACUCACAAGAUGCUCACAUCCCCAACUUUAUUUAGCUUCUUCCCUCCCUCUUAAGAAACUACUCAUCCCUGAAGUAUGUGUGUACUAUAUGUAUGUAUGUACAAAAACCUUACCAUAGGACUUGAACAUAUCAACCCGAUAAGAUGAGCCAUAUCUCACUGUGUGUCAGAGUCAUGUAUCAUUUAGAGAUAAAGCAGGUUCAAGUCUCUUUCUGUGAUCCCCCCCCCCCUCUGUGGGAGCAUGGUGAGUCUGUCAGAGGACCCCCCCCACCACACAGCUCCUUAUAUCCAGGCUGGGUGAUGCUUAACAUCUACCGUCCUUUUGUUCUCACAAUGCCAAACAGUCAUGAUGACAUUCAGCAGUGGAAUACCUGACAACACGCUGACACCUGCCAUGUCUCCUCACACACUUCUGCAGCCCCAUUGUUUAGUCAAAUCAGACCCUUGAUUCUGACCACAGUCUGUAAGGCGGCAGUCAUUCCCCGGCCGUUAUCUGUAAACAUCACUGAUCGAUCUGAUCUGCGCCGCCGCUGUUACUGCAGCUUGACUCGUAUAACCAAGAAACUUCAUCAAGGCCAACGUACACUAACCAGGAAUUGAGUGUCUGUUAACAAAUCAAUUGGUUCUUUUCCCUCUUUUUCUUUGCAGUUUCCAGUGCAUGCCAGAACAAAUUGCUUUGAACUUCAUCCCACAUUAACAGGAAUUACAGUCCUCUUCGCUUUUGCUUGUCUACUUAUCAGAUUGUCUAUAAUUGUAUUGAAGGAAUCUGCCUUAUUUCAUAUCAAACUAUUGAAAUCACAAUCACAGACCGAAGGAGGUGGUCAGAGUAUGGAUUCUUGGUUGUGUAUUGCUUGCAGAUGAUUUGUAAUUUUAAGUACGUCAUGCGAUGGCUAAUGCCUGUUAAAGGUCUCUUGUGUUUCCCUCAGUUGAUUUUAAAACAUGCUUUUGGUUUCUUUUUAAUGUUGGUAUGAUUCAUGAAUAUUCUUUCAGUGGAGCCAUACUAAAGAUCCGAUUCAUUGAAGUUCUACGAAAUGAUGCCUUCAUACUUUCGAUGUUUGCUUUGCUAAACUAUAACUGAAACAACUAAUAAAAUGUAAAGGUGGAAGCCAUGUCUCAGCUUU